AUGUUUCAUUUAAUAAUAUAUACAGAAGAAAAUGCAAAUAAAAUAGAAAAUUUUUUAACCUUAUUUGAAAAUUUAUAUGAUUGUGAUGGAAAUAAAAUUGAAGAGAAAAAUAAUGAAAAAAAUCAUUUAGAAAAUUAUGACUGUAAAGAUAAUAUUUUAUUGAAAGAAAAAAUAGAAGAUAAGAAAUUAAAAGAAAAAGAAUUAAUUGAUUAUAAAUAUGAAUUAUGCAUAAGAAAAAAUAAAAUACAAUAUUAUACAUCUGAUUUUUUACAAUUAUAUAUAAACAAUGAAAAUAAUUUUGAUAUAUACUUGAUUGAUGAAGAUGAAACAACAAGUAUAGAUGAUAACAUUUCAGAUAACAAAAACAGGAGAUUAAAGAAAAAUGAAGAAAAAAGGAUAGAAGAAAAAGAUGAUAAAAAAAAUGAAGAAGACAUUAUAUCAUCUAAGGAUGAUAAAUCUAUUGAUGCUAAUCUUCCUUUGCAGAGAUCGCAUAUUUUGUUUAUUUUAUCGCUUCCAAAACAUUUUUCUUUUUAUGAUUUUUUUUCAUUAAUACAUGAAUUUACUGAUUUUAUUUCUUUUGUGAAAAUCUUUUAUAUUAAAAGUAAUUUUAAUUUUUUAAAAAAAAAUUGUUAUUCAAAAAAUUCUUUUUCAAAAGAUCAUAAAAAAUAUGUGAAAAAAUAUAAGAAUAAAGAAAAUAAAGAAAAUAAUGAAGAAGUUAAGAAGGAGGAUGAGCAUACUGAUAAAAAUUACAUUCGUAACAAUUCAAACAAUAUUUUAAGUAAACAAAAUAUAGAUAUAUCUAAUAAGAAAGAUCAUAGAAAAAAUAAAGAAGAUAAAAAAGACAAAAAAAUAGAAAUUAAUGUAAAUUGUGAAGAAAAAAAUAAAAAAGAUUUUAGAAAAAAGAUUAAUAAAAGAGAAAAAAGCAAAAAAAAUGAUAACACUAAUUCAUUUUGUAUAUGUGAGGAUAAAGAAGUGGAUUAUAAGCAAAAAAAAAAUUUUAAAAAGGCAAAUGAUAAAGAUAAUAUAAUUGAAAAGAAAAAUUCUAAUAUAUCAUUAAGCAUAGAGAAUAGUAUAGAAAAUAGUAAUAAUAAGAGUAAUGAAGAUGAUGAUAAUAAUAGUGUAAAAUAUGACUAUGUAUUAAGUAGUAGUUCAAGUUUAUACUCAGAUUAUUACAGUUGUGAUUUAUUAAACAAAUUCGGAAAUGAAAUAAUUGACAAUAAUAUUUCUAAUAGGAAAAAUAUUUUAAGCACUGAAACUAAUGUUAAAAAAAAAAAAAAAAAAAAAUCAUCUAAUAGCAGUAAUUCUGAUUUAUUAGAUGAAAAUAAAAAAAAAAGAAAUGAUUUAAAUAAUUAUUUUUCUUCCCUUUUUUGUAAAGAUGAACUUUUAUUAUCUUAUCAAAAAAUAUACAAUAUCUUAAAAAGGAAUUUGAAAAAAAAAAGAAAAAUAGAAUGUUAUUCAGUAUUAAUAAUUUUUAAAACACAGAUAUAUGCUGAUAUGUUUUAUAAAAAAUUUCAUUGUAAAAAUUUAGAAAUUUUAAUGAAAAUAAAAUAUCCAGAAUAUAAAAUAAAUGCUUAUGAAAAUUGGUAUAUUUAUUGUGUAUUUGUAAAUUUAAUAUAUUAUAUAGUUGACCAUAAAAUAAAAAGUAAAGAAACAGAUUUUAAUUAUAAUAUAAAUAGAAAAACAGAAAUAGGGAAAUCAAAUGAUUUAGAAAUAAAAAAAAAUAAUAAUAGAUUAGAUAUUGAUAACAAUAAAUAUGAAAAAGACUACAAAAAUAAUUCUAAAAAAAAUAAGUUAGAUGAAAAUAAUUUAAAUGAAAGCAAUUUAAAUGAACAAAAUAAAAGUCAGAAAUAUUUAAGUGAAAAUUGCAUAAAUGAAAGAAAAACAGAAGAAAAAAUUUUAAGUAAAAAUAGUGUAACUGAAAAUUAUUUAAGAGAAAAAGGUGUAAUAAAAAAGAAAUAUGCUUUCAAACUUUUUGAUAUAAACAAUUAUGAAAAUUUUUUAAGAAAUAUUAUAAUAGAUUCAAACAUAUGCAUACCUGUAUGUUUAAUAUGCAUAGAGUUAUUAGAUAAUGAAAUAUAUUAUAUAUUAACUAGAAAUAAAAAAUGGAAUAUUAUAAAGAGAAGAAACAAAAAUUGUUCUGAUUAUAUUAAUUUAUCCUGUAAUGUUUGUACUCUGAUAUAUUUUUAUGAUGUUAUAUCAAAAGUAUUUAAUAGCCAUGCUUAUGAUCAUCUGAAAAAAAAUUUAAGUAAAGAAGAGCUAAAUAAUGUUUUAACAAAUCAUUUAUUAGAAGAUGAUGAAAAAAAAUUGGAAGAAAAUAAAAAUCGAAAAGAGGAAAACAACAAAGGAAAAAAAGAUAAAGAUGAAAAAUAUGAUCAAUAUUGCUGUAUAGAGAAAAAUACAAUAAAUAAAAAAUAUAUUUUAAAAAAAAUUGAUAAAAUAGUUUUAAAGUUUUUAAAAUUAAAUGAAAUAAUCAAUACAUUAAAAUGUAAACAUUGUGAUAACACUGAUGAUAUUUGGUUAUGUUUAAUUUGCUCUAAUACUGGUUGUGGCAGAUAUCAAAAAGGCCAUGCAAAAAUGCAUAGUUCAAAUUAUAAUCAUAAUUAUUGUAUAAAUUUAAAAACAAAGAAAAUAUGGAAUUAUUUACAAGAUACUUUUAUAAAAGAAAAAAUGGAUAAACAAAGUGAAGAGAGCAAAAUUGGAAAUUCCGAUUUUUCUUUUGAUUACUAUUAUUCUCAUAACUGUCCAAACAGUGAAAUGAAAAAUAAUAAUAUUAUAUAUUAUGAUAAUGAAGAAAAUAUUACAGAAAUACAAAAUUUCAAUGUUGAUGGCAUGUAUGAAUAUAAUAGUCACAUUUAUAAUAAAAUAUAUGAUAUAUUUGCAAAUGAUAUUUAUAUUAAUGAUAAUUUAAAAAAUGAACUUUUAUACAUUUUAUAUUCACAGUUAUCUCAUGAAUCCAAUAUAUAUAAUAAUAUAUUAACGGACAUUCAAUAUAAAUAUCUAAAUAAAUUAGAAUCAAAAAAAAAAAUAAUUAAAAAUAUUCACGAAAAAAUAAAUGAAAUAAAAAAUCAAAAUAAGAAUAUCGAAAAUUAUAUAGUUGAUAUUGAAAAUGCAAUAAAAGUAAAAAAUAGUGAAAAAACAACAAUACAAGAUAAAAUUAAAUUUUAUAGAGAUUUAAAUAAUAAUAUAAUCAUUCAAAAAAAAUUAGACAAAACUAAAACAAUUAAUAAUGAAGAUGAAAAUGAUACUAAAAAAAUUAAAAGGUUAAAUGAAACAAUAAAAAAUUUAGAGUCGCAAGUAAAUGAUUUAUUAAUAAAUCUUUAA